AUGCAUUUGAAAAGACCGGUUGUCCAGCAGGCUAAGAUAAAAGGUUUGUGUGGAGGUAGUUCUUCAGGCAAAACCACAGUGGCUAACAAGAUCAUUGAAGCUUUAGAUGUUCCUUGGGUGGUGCUGCUUUCUAUGGAUUCCUUCUAUAAGGUCUUAAACAAGGAAGAACAAGAAUUAGCUGCCAGGAGUGAAUAUAACUUUGACCAUCCUGAUGCUUUUGAUUUUGACCUAAUUAUACAUACCUUGAGGAAGCUAAAGAAAGGGAAAAGUGUGAAGGUUCCUGUUUAUGACUUCACUACGCACAGUCGAAGAAAGGAUUGGAAAACUGUAUAUGGAGCAAAUGUUGUGAUCUUUGAAGGAAUACUUGCAUUUGCCAACAAGGAACUUCUUAAGCUAUUGGAUAUGAAAGUUUUUGUGGACACUGACUCUGACAUAAGACUUGUUCGACGGCUAAAAAGAGAUAUAUCCGAGAGGGGUCGUGACAUUGUUGGUGUCAUCAAACAAUACAACAAGUUUGUCAAGCCUGCCUUUGAACAGUACAUAGAACCAACUGUACAGCUUUCAGACAUUGUGGUUCCUCGAGGUGGAGAAAACUUUGUUGCUCUUGACCUGAUUGUCCAGCAUGUCCACAGUCAGCUGGAAAAGCGUGAAAUCACUGUAAGAGCAGCCCUUGCCUCUGCCCACCAAGGCCAACCUCUGCCAGAUAAGCUAAGUGUCCUUGAAAGUACACCACAGGUUAGAGGAUUGCACACAAUUAUCAGGUAACUUCAGAUGUGCUUUCAUGUGUUUUAAGAAAUGUAUGAUUUACGUGAAGCAGAGUACCUUACCAAAAGGGUAGGAAGACUGCUAACAUCUUAUUUGUACAGCAAAUGGGUAUACUCAAUGAAGGAAUAGGAAAAACUGAGGACUGCAUAUG